AUGGAUAGCUAUGUUUGUGAUGCCAUCAUCCUUGCUAUCAAGAGUGGGAUUAUUGAGUUUGUUUUUGAGAUGCUGGAGAAGAAUCCGGAUCUUGUAUGGACCAGAGAUCAGAGAAAUAGAAAUAUAUUUUCCCUUGCGGUGCUACAUCGUCAAGCCAAAAUCUUUAGCCUAUUAGCACAUCAUUUGAAGAAUGCCUUGACAUGUUCUGUAGAUGUCAACAGUAAUGGCAUGUUACAUAUGGCUGGCAUGUCAGCAGAGUCUACCAUGCUUAAUCGCAUCCCAGGUGCAGCUUUGCAAAUGCAAAAAGAACUACAAUGGUUUAAGGAGGUGGAGGCUAUUGUCCAUCCCAAGGUUAGAGAAGCAACAAACGAAGAUGGUUUAACUCCCCGAGAAUUGUUUACAAAAACCCACGAGGCUAUGCUGAAAUCGGGAGAGCAAUGGAUAAAGGACACAGCAAGAUCUUGUACAGUUGUCGGUGCUCUCAUUGUUACCAUGAUGUUUGCUGCAUCCUUUAAUAUUCCAGGUGGAAACAAGCAAGAUACUGGCUUGCCAAUAUUUUUACCGAAAGGCUCUCUCAUGGUCUUUAUAAUUUCCGAUGCCUUGUCCCUCUUUUCCUCUUCAACUUCAGUCUUAAUGUUUUUGGGAAUUCUCACAUCCAGGUAUGCAGAAGACGAUUUCCUCACGUCUUUACCUACAAAAAUGAUAAUAGGCCUUUCCACACUCUUCUUUUCUAUUGCAACCAUGAUGAUUACCUUUUCUGCUGCACUUUUAAUCAUGCUACGCCAGCAAUCAUGGAUUGUUAAUCCUAUCAUUUGUUUGGCUGGUGUUCCAGUCACCCUCUUUGUAAUGAUGCAAUUUCGUCUUCUUGUUGAAAUGUCCAUUUCAACUUACGGACCGGGCAUCUUCGGUAGGAAAAUAAAGCUUACUUUUAACUAAUACCUUGUGCACUACAGUGAAUGUGUUGUUAUGUGUAAGGAUGUAAACGAUUCGAGUUUGAGUGAACAGUAAGUU